AUGGGCACGCCUACCUGCCACCGCAUUCUCUGGGUUCUUUUUGCCCGGCUGUGUACCUUGAUCUUUCCCGACUUUAUCCUCAAAUACAUUGUCGGUUUACGCACUGCAGCUUCCCGUCAAGCAUGGCGAGAAAAGAUUGCGACGUUGAUUUUGUUUCUUACGGCAGUGGGUGUCUUUUUAUUCUGGAUGGAGUACAUUUCAACAUUGUUCUGCAACCAUGACGAUUACGUGCAAUACGACGACGUGUACAAGAACGAGUCCAAAUAUGUGGAUAUCAAUGGCAACGCAUUCGAAUUUGAAAAGUUCAAGGACUCGCCAACGUGGAAAUCCAUGGCAACCACCCUCGGGCAAUAUUCGGGCUAUGAUGUAUCACCCAUGUUCCCAUGGUUCAUGCAACUCGACCGAGACGACAAGACGUACAAGGAUCCUUGGUUGAAUCGAUGCAUUGUGGAUCCUGGAAGAGUCGCACAAGCCGAUGCUUGGCUCGCACACAAACUCGCCAAUGAUCCAGGCUAUUCCUUUGUCAAUCAACAAGGUGUCAAACAAAUGCAAUGUCCAUGGCCCAAUCGUACCUUGACUUCUGGCGCUCCUUGUUUUCCAUGGCCUGAUCAUACGAUACCCACAAAAGGAGAGAUUGUGUAUGAUCCAAUGAUGGUAGCCAAUUUCACGACAUUACCCACAUCCGAUGACUUUGGACAAGCGUUUGUAAUCCUUGAUGGCAAUGUAUUGGAUGUGACAUCGUACCUGGAUACAGCAACCAAUGUGAUUGAAAUGUCAUCAGGCAUCUAUUCUCGAGCCUUUGCACUGGAUCGCAUGUUUUUACCACUUGACGUGACGAUGAUGCUCUUUAUCAACCUCGGCACAGAUAUCACAGACGACUUUUAUGCCAACAUUACGGAUGCCAACAUUUACGGCCAUUGCUUGCACGAUUUGUUCUUCAAGGGCGUCGUCCAGAAUAACGCUCCUACAGGAUGCAGGCGCAUCAACCCUGCAUUAUGGGCUACGAUGGGUAUUGGCUUAAUCUACUUUUUGCUAAAGAUGAACCUUGCCCACUUGUGUCGAUUACGAUUCAUGCAACGAUUCUUGUUUUCAUCCUCCUUUGGUGAAAAACUCUCAGCAACAGCAGCAGCAGCAAAAUCAUCUUCUCCAUUUACCAUCUUGUUGGUGCCUUGUUUUGCAGAACCAUGCGAGAUUUUACGGCAAACAUUCGAGUCCUUGGCACGAUCCAAUUAUGAUGAUGAACGCAAAUUGCUGCUCUUUGUAUGUGAUGGAUCGGAAGCACAAAGUCGCUAUGACAGCAAACCAGCCCAUGUGUGUCUUUUGGAAUUGCUUGGAUACAGCGGCAAUACAGCUACCACGGCAGAGGAACAGCCCUAUGUAUCCUUGGGUCAACAUGGCAAACGUACCAAUUGUGGCAAGGUCUAUGCAGGCUUUUAUGAAACAGGCCGUAAUCGUGUUCCAUACUUGGUGGUUGUCAAAACGGGUGCUCCUGGUGAGGAACGUACCGAAACGAAUGGCAAUGUUGGGAACCGUGGCAAGCGAGAUUCGAUGGUAUUGGUCAUGAGCUUUUUGGAACGGUGCACGAAUUUGGCGAGUCAUCGUAUGGCACCCCUUGAAUAUGAAUUGUUCAAUCAAUGCUACAGUGUUCUUGGUAUUGAUCCACGUCGCUUCAAGUAUAUGCUUGUGGUGGAUGCCGAUACGCAGGUCCAUCCUGAUGCUGUACCACGGCUUGUGGCUCGUCUUGAAGCUGAUCGUCGAAUGCUUGCCGUGAGUGGACAUGCACGACCCGCCAACCCAGAACAAAACAUCAUCACCAUGCUUCAAGUUUUCCCCUUGUAUCAAACAUUUUAUUCGGGCUUGGCUUAUGAAGCUUUUCUUGGGACCGUUUUAUCAGUGAAUGGUGGCCUUGUCAUGUAUAAGUUGUGGACGGAGCAUAUGCCUGGUGAUGAUAUACAACAUUUGCGUCAGCAAAAGCGUUCAUGGUGGUCGAAUUGGUGCUGGCCAAGGAGUAGCAAAAGUACAGCAUCAUCACAGCAAACAAUUCAACAACAACACGAGACCAAAUGGCCCAAAGUCAGCGAUGAAAUUCACCCCGAGCAAGUACCAUGGGAUCAAGCUUCUUCUUCUCCUGCCGAUGCUGUUGCAAGUCUGGAUCAAGAAUCACGACUAUCGUUAUCGCCCAAUUCAGGGAUUCGGCUAUGUUGCAUCCAUCCAACUGUACUACGAGGGUUUGCUGCUGCACGAGCUGAUACGUUACAUAUGCAAAAUGUUCUGCUGUUGGGUGAGGAACAAUACUUGGGUGUGGUCUUGCUCAAAUCGCAUCCACAACAUCGACUUGGAUUUGAACCUGAAGCUGUUGGCUAUGUGACCCUACCCACCCAUCUAUGGUCCUUGCAAGCAUUACAGUCUCGCAACCUAAGAUCAGCCUUGCAUAUCCAUCUUGAGUUACAGCGCGUGGCAUGGGACCUAGGUUUCACAUGUUGGAUCUUAUCGGUGACCAAGUUGGUCGAUAUGCUUUUCUCGGUGCCAAUCAUUAUCUACUCGUAUAGCAUCUUUGUACGCUAUCUUAUGGAUUUUGGACUUGCAUAUGCCAUCAUUGCACUUUGCUUUUGUUGUUUGAUCACGCUGCACAUUAUCUACUUUAUCGUACGUCGGCAAUUCAAGUAUGUCCUUUGGUUCAUUAUCUAUUGUCUCUUUUCGGUGCCAUUGUUUGCGGUGUGGUUUCCCAUUGUCGCCCUUUGGAGCUCUGAUUAUGCCGAUCGCUGGUUUGAUGUAUGGCCCACGGCAUCACGUAGUCGUUACAGAGGUCGUGCGCACGGCAUCAUUGAUCGACAUCAUCACAAAGACGACGAAUCCACAGAGAAAGACGAUGAAGAUGAUAAUGCAACCUAUGAGCCAAAACAACAAGAUCACGAGCAGCAACAGCAACAAGCCAUGAUGGUGGUACCACGUAUGCGUUUGGGUGAAUAUGAAGCGAUUGAAGCUGAACGUGCCUAUCAACGUGCAAUGGAAGAAGCGGCUGCAUUGGAUUCCAAGUUUCGAGGAUUUACUGGAUUUGUGGAAGAAGGACGUAGCAACAGCAUUCGAUCACUUCCAUCACGUCGUUCGCUUGAUCCUUUUAGCGAUCCAUUGCCACCCACAGGAGCAACAACACGCUUUAACCGAUUGAGUCAAGCCAAUGAUGGAUACAAUACAGCAUCGUCUUCACCCACUGCUAGUGUACGUGCAGGAUCUAUGGCCAAUCCAUUUGCAUCAGCCUUGGAUAAUCCAUUCCAUGAUGAGUAUGCUGUCAAGUCACAUGAUCAAUUGGGGACUCCUGCUGCUGACGAGACCAUCUACAAUCGCAAACAUCAUCGACAUCAUCAUAAGCAAAGUCAAUCGCAAUCCUCGUAUUUCAGCCAUGCAUCCUCACGCACCAACACGCCUCCUAUUACUACUGCUGCUACAGCAGAAGAGCUUCGUCACCUUUACACGCCUCCUUUACAACCACCUCGUGCUGCUACUCCAUUGGUGAAUGGCUAUGCAACUGUGUCAUCCUCUUCCUCAUCAUCAGCACGUCGUUAUAUGGAGGGGCAUCAUCAUAUACGAGCUCAUUCAACUGAUUCUGUGCUUGCCUCUGAUCAAUGUUCGAUUCAUUCCACAGCGUCCAAUAGUUUAUCCAUUGCCAGCUCCAACCUUAGCAUGGAUCCAGAGCUAUCACUUGAAAACAGCCGCUAUGAUCCCUUUUAUCAGACACCAACAAGCAUCAACAACAGGAACAGUAAUAGCAUGGUGAAUGAAGAAGGCCGUAGUGCUGCAUUGCAUGGUCGUGUGGGACUUCGUAUACCAGGACAUAUGGCUACGGCAGGAUUGCCACCUCCAGCUGCUGCAACAACAACAACAACAUCCAGUGGACCCGGCGCCUCUUUAUUACCUGCACGUAUACGUGCUGCUGCUCGAUUACGUAAACCAUCCACACCGCUCCCUUUGAACCAUCAACAUCGACAACAUCAACAACAUCAUCAUCGUAAUGUGAGCGAUAGCAGUGUCAGUGCACGAACAACCACCUCGUCCACUUUCUAUUCACGACCCCAACAACCCAAUAACAAUGCUACCGAUUUACGAGAAUCGAUUCUACAAGAAAUCCGGUUAUACCUAAAAGAUGCUGAUUUAGAUUCAAUCACACGUGCCCAGGUCAAGGAGCAUCUGUAUCGAUUGUUUGGACCUGCUAUCAUGGAUCAUGAAGAUCAAUCCCUACAAGAUUUCAUCCAUAGAAGCAUUGAAGAUAUUACUCUAGAGCUCUUGACACGUCCUUCAUCUCCUGAUUAG